AUAGAGACAUGGUGUCGUAUUUAUACUCUGUGACUCCUAUUCAAGAGUUGAAUUCUCUGCAUCACAUCAAUCUCCUUAACGCUACUAUUUCCACCGAUUUGUAUGAUACGGCACACAAAAUUCUGGACAUUCUAAAGCCAGCACUUGGAGAGCAGGAAUAUCUUUGGCUUUCAUUGGAGAUGUUGGCUGAAAUACCUUCGAGAAUUGGCAUCAAAAGUCAGCCAUCAGUAUGGGAAAGAUGCUUAAACUCCUGCUUCAGUGGUCGGUUCUGCAACAAAGCUUUGAUGCAAGCAUCAGCCCAUCACUUAGUUGACCGCCUUUGGAAACGGCUAAUCGAAGACAACACAUAUUUCUCACCAACUGCGGUUGGUCAUGACCAGCAUAUGAUGAAACUACUUGUUAAAGCUGCAAAAGUAGGGAACGUUGAAUUUCUAAUUAUACUUAUACGCUGUUAUCCCGAUCUCAUAUGGCAAGUUGACAAGGAAUAUGGAAGUUUAUUUCACGUUGCUAUUAAACAUCGACAAGAGCGUGUUUUUAAUUUAAUAUAUGAGAUAGGUGUUGCGAAGAACAACCUUGCGACCUAUCGUGCCGAAGGGGGAAACAACAUGCUGCACUUAGCUGGACAAGUGCCUUCUUCAGAUCGACUGAAUAUCGUCUCUGGAGCGGCUCUUCAAAUGCAACGAGAGUUGUUGUGGUUUCAAGAGAUAGAAAAGAUCGUGCCGAAGUCAUUAACGAACGAGAAGAAUGAAGAUGGAGAAACACCACGGGAUAUAUUUACGAGGACCCAUGAAGAACUACGGAAGAAUGGUGAGGAGUGGAUGAAAACAACGGCAAACUCUUGCAUGCUCGUGGCAGCACUAAUUGCAACUGUGGUUUUCCCAGCUGCGUUCACAAUACCGGGUGGCAACAAUCAACAAACAGGCAUUCCUAUCUUUCUGGAAACCAAAUGGUUUACGCUAUUUCUCGUAUCAGAUGCUGUAGCCAUGUUAUUCUCUUCGUAUUCAAUAUUAGUUUUCAUGGCAAUCCACACGUCACCCUACACCGAAAAGGAUUUCCUCAAAUUAUUACAUCUUAGGUUGGGGUUGGGACUCUAUACCGUUUUCAUCGCAGUAGUAGGCAUGCUAAUAGCCUUCUGUGCAGCCUGUAUUUUGGUCUCUAAAAGCAAAAUAGAUGUUCCGAUCCGAAUAGUAGCCACAGCUCUAGUUAGUUUGUUUGUUAUCCUACAUUAUGGCCUUUGGUAUGAUAUAUUUCGCUCAGCAUUCUGUUCAAAUUUGUUCCUUUUCCGGUCACAGAAUAGGCUUUUCAAACUCCAAGCCAGAAACGCUUGAGAAUGGCAACCAAUCCGGACAUAAUGACAGAACCCAGGUUCUUGAUCGGGUCGGAAAUUCGGUCCGAUUGAGCAGUCCUACAACCAGUCAUGCAA